UGCAUUGUGCAAUUCAAGGGGCUGAGGUUCUAGUGGUUGAACUGUCAGCUUUUUGGAUGGCUGAGAUUCAUGUGAUGAUCUCUUCAUGUGAAAGGAAUGUUGGAAUUGCGACAGCUAUAAGAAGGAAACCAGUUUUAGCUAAUUUCACUUCAAAACUGCAACAAACUAUGGCUGAUGAAGAUGAAGUGAAGCUCUUUGGCAUGUGGGCAAGCCCUUAUAGCCGCAGGGUUGAACUAGCCCUGAAACUUAAAGGAAUACCAUUCCAAUACGUUGAAGAAGACCUAUCCAGCAAGAGUUGUUUGCUUCUCAAGUAUAACCCGGUUCAUCAGAAAAUUCCUGUCCUUGUCCACAAUGGAAAACCAAUAGCAGAAUCAUUAGUCAUUAUGGAGUACAUCGAUGAGACCUGGACAAACAAUCCUAUUUUGCCUCAAGAUCCUUAUGACAGAGCCAUGGCUCGCUUCUGGGCUAAGUUUAUAGAUGAAAAGCUUUUGAUGACAGCCAGGAAGGUUAGUUUCGCCUCAGGGAAGGAAAAAGAGCAGGUCAUUGAUGAAAUAACUGAGCAGCUGAAACUGCUAGAGAGUGAGCUCCAAGGGAAGGAAUAUUUUUCAGGUCCUAGCAUCGGAUAUCUGGAUAUUGUUGCCAGUGUUUUAGUAUUCUGGUUUGGAAACGUGCAGGAGGCUUUGGGAGUUGAUAUGUUCACACAAGAGAAAUUUCCGAUUAUAUUCGGAUGGAUUGGAAAGGUAUUUGAAAUUGAUGCUGUCAAGGAAUGCCGGAUCCCAAAAGAGAAACAUCUUGAGUACAUCAGAACCCGCCUGGAAGCCUUAAAAUCUGCAUCUAAGUAAAGCCUUUAGAAUGACCCUGUCAGGAUUGAGAUCAUGAGGUUCUAUAUAUGCUAUUGUUUAUUAUAUAUUCUGCUUAUAGAAGAGAAUAAGACUUGUUUUAUUCAAGUUGAAAUUUUAUGUACCUCUUGUCAGCUGAGCUGCAGAGCAAUUUGCUGAUGCAGUACAGCAGUUUUUACUGCCGCAAGCAACUUCCUAAAUUGUAAAACUUUCCAUAGACAGAAAUUCAAGCUAAAUAAAGGUUGCUGAUUGUUAACAUCAGCAAGA